AUGAGAGAGCGUGGUGGAGCCAGAGAGAAGACAGACCAAGGCGGAGUCGGAGAGAUGAGAGAGCGUGGUGGAGCCAGAGGGAAGACGGACCAAGGCGGAGUCAGAGAGACGAGAGAGCGUGGUGGAGCCAGAGGGAAGACGGACCAAGGUGGAGUCAGAGAGAUGAGAGAUCGUGGUGGAGCCAGAGGGAAGACAGACCAAGGCGGAGUCGGAGAGAUGAGAGAGCGUGGUGGAGCCAGAGGGAAGACGGACCAAGGCGGAGUCAGAGAGAUGAGAGAUCGUGGUGGAGCCAGAGAGAAGACAGACCAAGGCGGAGUCGGAGAGAUGAGAGAGCGUGGUGGAGCCAGAGAGAAGACAGACCAAGGCGGAGUCGGAGAGAUGAGAGAGCGUGGUGGAGCCAGAGGGAAGACGGACCAAGGUGGAGUCAGAGAGAUGAGAGAGCGUGGUGGAGCCAGAGGGAAGACAGACCAAGGUGGAGUCAGAGAGAUGAGAGAGCGUGGUGGAGCCAGAGAGAAGACAGACCAAGGCGGAGUCGGAGAGAUGAGAGAGCGUGGUGGAGCCAGAGAGAAGACAGACCAAGGCGGAGUCGGAGAGAUGAGAGAGCGUGGUGGAGCCAGAGAGAAGACAGAACAAGGCGGAGUCGGAGAGAUGAGAGAGAGUGGUGGAGCAGAGAGAAGACAGACCAAGGUGGAGUCGGAGAGAUGA